GAAAUCACAUCAGAAGCUAUUGACCAUGCCUGAUGUGGCUUGUACACUCAUGACCAUUUGAUAAUGGCGAGAAGACGAUGGAUAUAGUCUGUUUGAUCUGCCGAACAGUGGCAAGUGCUCGUAAAUAAUCCUGAGAUCAAUUCACAAAAGAACUCACAAUGGACUUCAACCAAUGGAACAUUAUUUGGAGUAUCUGCUUUGGAGCAGUUGCCUUCCUGAUAAUCAGUGGAAACUGUCUCUCCAUUAUGAUCCUUCUCAAGCGCAGGCUUCGCAAACGUCCGCAUUACUUAAUGAUAAGUUUAGCCAUUGCGGACUUUUUGGUUGGUGUUUUUGCAAUGCCUAUUUACAUGAUCAUCGUUAUAUCUGGAAACAGAUUUGUUACAGUACUUGCUUUUGAUUGCGUGGACAUGUUCACUGGAUUUUCGUCGGUGUUUACUUUGGUUUUAAUAUCCCUUGAAAGACUGAGCGCAAUUGCCCAGCCUCUACGCCAUCGACUGCUGACCUCACGCAGUUACACCUUUGCACUGAUAGUACCAUGGAUUCUAGCAGUAGCCGUCACGUCUUCUCGCCUGCUGCUACAGUCGGCCGUCAUAACAAUACAGCAGUUCUUGUCCAUUAUUAUCCUAAGCUUGUCGACACCUUUGUGCGUGAUGUGUCUUGCUUAUUGCGUCAUUAUGCAUAAGGAAACCCUUCGACCACACCGAGGUUACAGAGCAAGGAGCGAAGCCAGACUGUCCAAGACGGUGUGCCUAAUAACUGGCAUGUUCAUUUUAACGUGGAUGCCAUUCCAAGUAUUGGUCAUUGUUAUUCAUAAAUGCGCUCUAUGUAGUAGAAGCGUACCUGUGUCAGUCGUAUUCCUAAUUAAGCUUUUGCAGUUCAGCAACUCGGUCGUCAAUUUCUUCAUAUAUUGUGUUCGAAUGCCAGUAUAUCGCAGGGCGUUGUCUGCAUUGUUUCGGAGCUGCAACUGCUUUGUCUCUCAAACACAAGUGCACCCUUUGUUCCAACAUCAAAACACAAAUGUCACAAUAGUUUCCCUCUCGAGUUCGGUGUCUGUAAACCGCUGCAGGCAAGGACAAAGCGAAAACGCAGAAAAUGUAAUGGGUGCUCAAAUCAAUCAGAUAUAAAGCUGAUUUUGUUGGCAUGGAAUCUUACAGGUUAUCAAUCUAUGAAAAACCACGGCAGAAGAGGAAAUUUUCUUGGGCAUGACACAAGUCUGAUCUGCAUAUCGAGUCAAAGUCAAUUACCUGGUCACCCUUUUAGUAUACCUGCCGAAAGAACGCUCACCUUAAAACUUUACUUGGUUUCUUUUACGUAAAUCUCAAUGCUUAAGUUCGUUUCCGACCUACCGCGAAAAUAUUAAGUUACAAGUUUGAACUGUCUCUAUAAAGGGAGGAGUGGACAAGUAAGGGAGGGCUAUUAUCAUAGAAAGCGUAGUUUUUUCGCGUAGGUAUCUCAGACUUGAUUCAAAUACCCCUUGCCCUACAGUCAAUCACAUUCAUCAAUUUAUUAUCUUGUAUGAUGGGAAGAAAAGCCUAACAGGACUUUGGACUCGAAAAAAGUGACAAUCGAUGAAAAAAAGACGUCAAUGAAAGACUUUGCAGAUGAUUAAACUUCACCAAAACCCUCGCUCCUGGUUAUCUUUAUAACUAUGCAUGCUUUUAAAUAGGAAAAUUUUUAGUGGCUUGGAUAUUUCAGUUUCAGUUAUUUGUUUCUUUUUUUUUCUUAAAUUGCUACUUCGAGAGUUCGACUUAUAUUAAUUUUCAGCUAACUAUAGAAUUUAGUGCAAAAUGAUGAAUCUUUGCUGUUUGUCUAGUAGACUGAAUUUUAAGGAAAGAUGUAUACAUAAAGUACGAUAGCACAUGAAAAAAAUUCCACUGCAUUUAUCAUCACCUGAGGUAUAAUCCGUAAACAAAUUAUUCGCCUUAAGCUUAAUCACCACUUUCUAAAUAUCUCUUCUAAAUCUCCUUAUAGGUCUAUUGUUGUAAAUACUUACCAAGAUGAAAAUAACACGGCGAAUGAGACUGAAAGAAUCGGAAAAGAAUAAACUUUGACGAGAAAAUAUUUUGAAGAAUAUGGAGCUCCGUGAUUGUGAUCUUCCGCUCUACUCAGUUUAUGACAUAAAAAUAAAAUACUCUUUUCUUCAGUGACCAAUUUACUGAUUUGCCUGUUUUAUACUUGGUAAUUCUUCUUGGUGGGUAAAUGAUGAAUAUGAUGGUGUUUAAUG